GGGAGCGCGCAGACCUGCCCUCCCGUCGCCAUUUUUCGCUCUCGCAUAGUCUCACUCGAGCGGCUUGCGAGAGGGGGGCUGCUGCGCAGAGAACCGUGGAAAGUAUAAAACACAGCCCUGCGCGAACUGGAAAUACAUACAAAGCGGUGACUGGAGUGCGCGCGAACCCUGCGCUCGUUUUGUAACCCUCCCAGGUCGCACGCAUGUGCCGGCAGGUCACUGUUAUUAACGCAUUUGAUGUGAAGACGUGUUCCAGGCCGCCAUUUUUGACUGCUACCGCUUCCAAAAGUCUUCUCCGACUCAAGACGAGGACCUCUGAGACGCUUCCGUGACUCGUGUUUUACACUCGGAUCGACCAGCGACUGUAACUGUGUCCGACCUGUGGCCGUCCGCAUUAUGGCGCCGUUAUGAGGACCCGGUUUGAUGCCACUGUAGGUUCACCUUUUCCGUUCUCAGGCGUGACCGGGGCGGCAGAGGAGUAGUUUUAACAGAACUGCUCACUUUGUCGGAAGAAGGAACGAAAAGGGGAACCGUCGUUUUGAAUCAUUUGCUGCUCUGAACCGCACUGGAUGUGGGUCUUUCGUCCAAGUGUCGGCCGCUCGCACCGCCCGUCGCCAUUGCCUCAAGACAAGGGAGACACAUUAUGUCCCAAAGUUUGAGCCAGCUAGUCGAAGCCUGACCCUGAACGUCGGGUCCUGGUCCGGUGGAGGUCUCCGGAUCCCUGCACCUUCUUGAUAGAAAACCUUUCGAGAACGUCAGCGCCGACCGCCCUGCCCUGGAUCUCAAGAUCCGGUAGAUCGCUCUGUUCCUCCAGCCCGGCGGCUUCUCGAGGCUUUUAAUUUAUUGUGUAGCUGUUAGUCUACUCGUCAUUUCUAUUUUAGUUUGUUUAUUUAUUUUCGCGCAGAGAGAAUCAUGUCCGCGGCACGGUUCGACUCGUCCGAUCGGUCCGCCUGGUAUUUCGGACCGGUGUCUCGACAGGAGGCUCAGAACAGAUUGCAGGGACAGAGACAUGGUAUGUUCCUGGUGAGGGAUUCGUCGACCUGCCCGGGUGACUACGUGCUGUCAGUAUCUGAGAAUUCAAAAGUGUCCCACUAUAUUAUAAACUCUUUGACGAGCAAGAGGUUUAAGAUAGGGGACCAGGAGUUCGAGCACCUCGCCGCCCUUCUGGAGUUCUAUAAGAUCCACUACCUGGACACCACCACGUUGAUAGAGCCAGCAUCGAGGUACGCCAGCCCUGUCUCAGGCCCGGUACAGCCCAUGGGCCCCCCCGACGACAACCUUGAGUACGUGCGGGCGCUGUACGACUUCCUGGGUCAUGACGCCGAGGACCUGCCCUUCAAGAAAGGCGAGCUGCUGAUCAUCCUGGAGAAGCCGGAGGAGCAGUGGUGGAGCGCCAAGAGCAAGGAGGGCCGCGUGGGCAUGAUCCCCGUGCCCUACGUGGAGAAGUUCGCCCGCCAGGCCCCGCACCCCGGCCAGCCGCCGCACGGCUCCCGCAACUCCAACAGCUACGGCAUCCCCGAGCCCUCGCACGCCCACGCCUACGCCCAGCCCCAGACCCCGACCCCGCUGCCCCCCGGGGCCCCGGCCGCCCUGAUCUCCCCGGGGCCAUCCCUGGCCAACGGGCCCGUCAUGGCUAAGGCCAUCCAGAGGAGAGUCCCCUGUGCCUAUGACAAGACGGCCCUGGCUCUAGAGGUGGGGGACAUCGUCAAGGUGAUGCGGAUGAACAUCAGCGGCCAAUGGGAGGGUGAGGUGAAUGGGAGGCGAGGCUUGUUUCCCUUCACCCACGUCAAAAUAAUGGACCCCCAGAAUCCAGACGAGAGUGACUGAGCCAACAGCGCCGCGUGUGAAACACCCCCAAUCUAGCUGGCUGUCUACCCCCGCCCCACAGUGUCCCUACGACUACGCGCUUGCCUGCUUAGGGCUACACACUGAGAGCACCCCCUCUAUUGUCACGCCUGUGCAACCUGCGAGGCUUCUGACUGUUUACAGCUCUGGACUACUAUCUGGAUCCUCCCCUUCCCAGUGCGCCCACAUGUUCCCAGUGCCCCUUCCUCCCCUUCCCAGUGCCCCUUCCUCCCCUUCCCAGUGCCCCUUCCUCCCCUUCCCAUUGCCCCCUCCUC